GCCCCCGAAGAGGCGCGGCGCGAGGCCAUCGCGACGCGCCUCAGCCAGUCGCAGCGCCUGGCCCUCGAGCGGUGGAUGCUCGCACGCCGCCGGCCGCCAGCCGCCGCGGCGGCCCUCGGGCCGCCCGAGGUGCCAGCGGGCCCCGAGGGCGCGGGCUCGCGAGGCCGCGGCUACCACCCCGUGAUACACCUCGGCCGCGGCCUCUACGCGCAGGCGGGGGGCGCUGGUGCCGGCGCGGCCGCGAUCGGCCUGCUGGCCGCGCGCUCGCGGCUCAAGCACUGCGGCCCAGAGGAGUUCGAGGGCCGCGUCCGGGCGGCGGUCGCGGGCGUCGCGGGCUGCCGCGCCCAAGGCGCUGCGGCUGGGCUGCUUUUCCGCACGCGCGUCAGCUUCGGGCGCGAGGUCCGGCUGACCUCGCCGCUCCGCCACGACGUGGCGGCAGCUCUUCGCGAUUGGCGCGGCCUGCGGGAGGCU